CAAACAUCGUCAUUUAAUGGAGUCUAAGGAUGGAGGGAGUGGACAGGAACCGCACUCUUUUCUUUGACACAUAGGAGCCACAUUAUUUUUAGCCGUACUGCGACCAAAGCCGCAGGAAACCGCACCAAGAGGGCGGUGUUUGCGGUCCAGGUUGCAAGGAUGCCGCAUGAAACCGCAGUACACACCCUGGGGCUAAGGACAAAGAAAUACACAAACGACAAACUGAAAAUAAACCGCGCGGGGUCUCCAAAAUGAUUUCCGUUCAAAAUACUAGAGACUGACAAUUGUCAGUUUUUCUUUCAGCAGCAAGAACACCAAAUCAACAAUGGCGAGAACGAAGCAAAUUGCUAAACGGAGUUCCUCCAAGGCCAAGCUCAAAACUGGUAUCGCGUCUAGUUCUACCAGCACUGUGAUAAUCUUUCUCUAUUAUCUCGAUUUCAAUGUUAAUUUUAAGUGUUUUUGAGCCACAACCAAGAAAGAGUCCGAGGAAGACUCCGUCAAGUUCAGAAGCCGGAGCUGGAGAAAGGAAGAGACAUCAUCGUCAUAAGCCUGGGACUCAAGCCCUCCGUGAGAUCCGGCGUUUGCAGAAGACCGUCAAUCUUCUCAUCCGAACUGUAAGAGAAAUUAGCAAUUACUUUGCCCCUGAAGUCACCCGAUGGCAAGCUGAAGCUUUACAAGCACUUCAGGAGGCUGCAGAAGAUUAUUUAGUUCAGCUGUUUGAAGAUUCAAUGCUAUGCUCCAUACAUGCAAAACGUGUGACACUUAUGAAAAAGGAUUGGGAAUUGGCAAGAAGACUUGGAAAGAAAGGGCAGCCCUAUUAAUUAUACCAGUUAACUAAUUGUUUAUAACAUAAUGUUAGGUGGUAGCGACUCCUUAUUGUUACUUCUUGAAUAGAUUUAUGAGGUUAGAGGAUAUAUUUAUGAACUUUACAAAACUAUAUUUGUAAAAGUCACAUGAUUAAAUGAAAAAAAAAAGGUUAUAUUUACAUCAUCCGUAAAUUGUAUGUAAAUU